UCUUCAUCAACACGGUCUUUUUUUAAAGUUCCGUAGACGAUGAGAGAAGGGGGGUUGUGAGGAUACGGAAAAUAGGGACAGUUUGAAUAUUUUAGAUGUUCACGGGACAUAAAAGUAAUCAACAGAAGAGGUGAAUGAGUAUAUCUGGGCGUUUUUUGUACCAUAUUAACCAUUUCCUGGUGUUUAAAUACGGGUAGGCAAUAGCUAGCGCCAUCAGGCUAACGGCGUUAGCAGCUAGCUAUCAACCAAACGACAAAGGAAAUAUAGCCAGUAAAUUCACAUUUCCAUAACGAUAUAUUUUAUACGCUUUGCUUUUUCGGAUUGGGGCCUUAUUUUUUGACCAACCACCAAGAUAACAGAAAACGGAAGACUCGACCUGUUUGAAUAAACCUUACAGAAAUCCACUAAAAUGGCGGAGCCGGACAAAUUAAACAUUGACUCCAUAAUACAGCGUCUCCUGGAAGUUAAAGGCUCCAGGCCAGGCAAGAACGUACAGCUGACAGAGAGUGAAAUCCGUGGCCUCUGUCUCAAAUCCCGAGAAAUUUUCCUCAGCCAGCCGAUCCUGCUGGAGCUGGAAGCACCUCUCAAGAUCUGUGGUGAUGUUCAUGGCCAGUACUAUGACCUUCUUCGUCUCUUUGAGUAUGGGGGUUUUCCUCCUGAAAGCAACUACUUGUUCCUGGGUGACUAUGUGGAUAGAGGGAAACAGUCUUUAGAGACCAUUUGCCUCCUAUUGGCCUACAAAGUCAAAUAUCCUGAAAACUUCUUCCUUCUGCGUGGCAACCACGAGUGCGCCUCUAUCAACCGUAUAUAUGGCUUCUAUGAUGAGUGUAAGCGACGGUAUAACAUUAAGCUGUGGAAGACCUUCACAGACUGUUUCAAUUGUUUACCUGUGGCUGCCAUUGUAGACGAGAAGAUCUUCUGUUGCCAUGGCGGCCUCUCUCCAGACCUGCAGUCAAUGGAGCAGGUGCGACGCGUCAUGCGGCCCACAGAUGUGCCUGACCAGGGGCUGCUGUGUGACCUGCUUUGGGCCGACCCAGACAAAGACGUACUAGGUUGGGGAGAGAAUGACCGUGGUGUGUCCUUCACCUUCGGUGCAGACGUGGUGGCCAAAUUUCUUCACAAACAUGACAUGGACCUAAUAUGCAGGGCACAUCAGGUGGUGGAGGAUGGUUAUGAGUUUUUUGCAAAGAGACAGUUAGUCACCCUGUUCUCCGCUCCCAACUACUGUGGCGAGUUUGAUAACGCCGGGGCCAUGAUGAGUGUGGAUGAGACACUCAUGUGUUCCUUCCAGAUCCUUAAGCCAGCUGAUAAGAAGCUGUACUACGGUGGAGGAGGUGGAAUGGGCUCAGGACGUCCCGUCACCCCGCCACGAAAUUCAGCCAAGGGUGGAAAAGCCAAGAAAUAACACCAGCUGGAUGAUCCCUCCACCCCCAACGUCGCCUCUCCUGAAAAUUCCCUGUUCUCUCCCUUCUCUUUCUCUACCUCCCUUCUUUCUUUCCAUCUCCAAAUGGCUAUAAAGCAAAACCCAGGGUUGAAGUCCUUUUCUCUCUCUUUCUUUUGUAUCAUUUUUUUUUUCUUCAUGUAACUUUACAAAUGUGUGUUUAUAUACGAGACUGCGUGUGUGAGCAUCGGUUAUGUUUGUUAGGCUCUUUGUGUUUGUCUUUCCACCCAUCCUUCCCUUCCACUGCUCAUUGCCCCCAUCUCUCCACCUGUCUCUGUCAGGGAGCCUCUGACGAAGUCUACAUUUGAACUCCCAGCCUGGCUCUGGGAAAGAUUGAGACUCAGAGAGUGGUCAAAAGGGGGCAGAGGUGCGGGUGAAGUCCCCCCUCACUGUUUAUGUCCUAACACCCUCCUGCAUUGUUUUAAACAGAACUUGCACAUCCUGCAUUAGUUAGAGAGCCAGUCUGAGUGAAAUGUGAUAAAUGUAUACACACACGCAGGGAGAAUGGAUGUGCAGAGAAAGUGUGAGGUAGAGAGAGACUGUCACAGGUGCAUAAUUUCCAUUUAGAGAUCCAGUGAUUUAAAACAAUCAAUCAUGUUGGAACUUUUUACUUUUUUUCUUUCUUUCUUUUUUUGUAGAUGGAUCACAACAAAAGCUUUGAAAUUCUUUGCUUACUAUGUGUGUUUUUUUUAGUGUCUUUUUUUGAAAGACAAUUAUCAAUAAAGAGAACUUUAUUUAAACAUCCUGUACUAUCUAUCUUACUGUGUCCCAUUCUCCCAAGUUAUGACUCUCUUCCUCAGGUGUUGCGAAUCUGUCCUGUUCUCUAUUUUAUUUUGUUGUAUUUAUUUAAUUAAAGUGGAUUGAAUGUAGUUUUUUAGGGUUGACCAAAGGUGACAUUUGCUGAGAUUGUACACCAAAUCUUUUUUCUGUUUUCUCCAACUUGCUUGCUGCUGCUUUCUCUGUCUGCUUCCUCUCAACAGUAAACUCUGUCUCCCUUUGCCUUCCAAAUAUGCUAUUCUCCAUUUUGCCUGUUCGAUUACUCAAACAUAAUUAGUCUUAUCUUCCUAUUGGUCUGUCCUUCUCUUUCCACUUUUUGCUUGUUAGCAUUAUCUGGGUUUUGAAGCACUGGGUGUCGCACCGAGCUCCUGGAUCUUGCUUUGCCCCUCACCUCUAGAGAUCUGUUGUCCUUCUCAUUCCCCUCCCUCCAUUUCAAACUGUGUGUUCUGAGUUGCCAGACAGGAUUUGAAGUUUGAUCCAUGUAAAUCUCAGUGGAGUUGCUACUGUAAUUAGGGUUUAAGAAUUUGGUUUGCUGCAAACUCAAAUCGCUGGUUCCAAUAGGUGGCGCACUUCACAAAAUUCUAGGUCUUCAAUAUGUCCAAAGGGGAUAAGAAUACUGCAAAGCAAUACACUAGUGUCCUCUGCUGGCUCAAAGACACUGACAUUAGUUUUUUUUUUUUUUUUUUAAUGUCACCUGCUUUAUAUGUUCUGAAAUGAAUAGUUUUGUAGUUUAAAACAGAGUAGUAACAUCUAAAAUUCUUGAAAUAAGCAGGUUAUCUUUGGUUAAGCGUGUCGAUUAAAUGUCUUUUAUAAUAUGAAAGAAAUUGAAAAUAAAAUAUAAACCGGGGUGUCCAAAAACCAGUCCUGCAGAGUUUACAUUCAACUCACCUGACUGGAAGUUUCUAGUAUUCAUGAAGAAGGAUUGGGCAAUCCUGAUAUAAACGUACUAUAUGGUGGCCUAGUUCGGAAAAAAAAA